AUGAAUUUAUUGAAUGACUCGUUGGGAAGAGAAUUCCAUGAAUUUCACGUUACAACGACUACUGUAUCGAAUGAAUGGAGAGAUGGGGAGAUGGGUGAAGGGAUUGCUGAUCAAGGGAUUGCUCAUGAAGAUCCAUGCAAUCUUUGGCCACCGAAUAGAAGAUGGUAUAUGGUUGCUGUCGCGGGCACAUCACUUUCUCUCAUUUCACUCAUUACAAAUCUCCUCAUCGCACGAGUGCUUUUGUCCGCAAAACGGGGUCACUUCUUCUUUCUCGGUCUUCUCGCAGUUGCCGAUUCAUUCAUUUCAUCGAUGUACGGACCGGUGAUCGCCAUGGAUAUUAUAAAAGAACGAUUGGGGUCGGUUUGGUUGUCUCAAGUGUAUUUGUGGUAUGUGGGACCGAUGCUGGCUCUUUGCCACACGACAAUGACUCUCUCGUGCUUUUUGAUUAUCCUCGCCACUCUCGAGCGCUUGUUGAUCACUCAAAAGGCGAUGUGUUUACCCUCAUUUCGGAGACAUCGAGCCGCGUGGGCGAUUUUCAUGGGCUGCAUGGCACUCCUCCUCAAAGGGCCAAUGUAUUUCGAGAUUGAGUUGCAAAAGAACCCGUAUAAUUGCACGGGCACCGCCGAAUUUGUGGCCGGUAUGACCGACAUCGUGCAAACGUUUGUGUAUGGAGCUGUUUUCAAAUUUUACAUCCGAAAUCUUGCCACCGUUUUCAUCCCGUUCAUCGUACUUGCGUAUAUGAAUUUUAGAAUAGUACGAACACUACAGAAACAACGGCACUCAGCAGAAAUGUUCCGAUUUGCGUGCAGUGAGCACAAAAAAAAGGUGCGAAGUGCAACGCGUCUUCUCGUUUUCAUCGUGUGCUCUUAUCUAAUCGCGAAUGUUUUGAAUCUCGUCAUCACCGCUUGGGAGUACAUUAGUCCAGAAAGUACUCAAUCUGAGGAAUACUAUGAUAUCUAUGAAAUAAUGACGGAUAUCGUUUCGGUGCUUUUCAUUUUCACUUGUGCCACGCGACUUUUCGUUUAUUGCAGUUGUAAUAAAGAGAUUCGUGACAUGGUAAAACUAUAUCUCUGCGGUUUAACGGCUGGAGAUAAACCGUCCAAAAAAAGAUACACCGUCUCGAACUCGCAAAGAUCAACAAACGCCAGUGGGACACCAUUUGAUCGCGUUGCUGUGGCGGUGGCGAGAAGGCUGGUGUUGGAGCCAGGAUCCAAAGACGAGCAGUCUCCCCUUCACUCAGUCGUCUACGCAAAUUCUCAUGUUGCAAAAAAUGCUAGUCAAAUU